CAGGACACAUUUCGAGUUGAAGUUUUUAUGGUUUGAUUGGCAUCCUCAUCUCUCCACUGGGAGUCCCGCCUGGCUACAAGAGGAAAUGCUGUCAUUCAGGGAUGUGGUCAUUUAUUUCUCUGAAGAGGAGUGGGAAUGCCUGGAGCCUGCUCAGUGGAAUCUAUACAGGGAUGUGAUGCUGGAGAAUUACAGCAACCUUGUGUUCCUGGGUCUUGCUUCGUCUAAGCCAUAUCUGGUCACAUGUCUGGAGCAAAUACAAGAGAUUUCAGGAGGAAAAUGCUAUAAGUGCAAAGAGUGUGGCAAAGUCUUUGUGUGGACAAAAGUGUUCCAAAAUCACCAGAUGCUUGAUUUAGGAAUGAAUCCCUACAAGUGUGAAGAAUGUGCCAAGUCCUUCCAUAGUCCAUCAUUAAGUUCUAAAGAGAGCAGAAUUCAUACAGGAGGAAAACCUUACAAAUGUGAAGUUUGUGGCAAGGCCUUCUGCAUUCCAUUAUUACUUUCUAAACACAAGAUAAUUCAUACAGUAGAGAAACCCUGCAAGUGUGAUAUAUGUGGCAAGGCCUUCCAAUAUCCUUCAAAACUUUCCAGACAUAAACAGAUUCAUUCAGAAGAGAAACCAUACAAAUGUGAAGUAUGUGGUAUGACCUUCCAUUUUCCAUCAUUACUUUUGGUACACAAGCGAAUUCAUACAGGAGAGAACCCAUACAAGUGUGAAGUAUGUGGCAAGGCCUUCCGCAAUUCAUCAUUUCUUUCUAAACACAAAAUAAUUCAUAGAGGAGAAAAACCCUACAAGUGUGAGGUAUGUGAUAAGGACUUCCAUUAUCCAUCAAGACUUUACAACCAUAAGAAAAUCCAUUCAGGAGAGAAACCAUACCAGUGUGAAUUAUGUGGGAAGGCCUUCUGUUUUCCUUCAUCACUAUCUAAACACAAGAGAAUUCACACAGGAGAGAAACCAUACAAAUGUAAAGAGUGUGGAAAGCCCUUCUGCUAUCGGUCCUCACUUUCUAAACACAAGAUCAUUCAUACAGGAGAGAAACCCUACAAGUGUGACUUAUGUGGCAAGGCCUUCCAUUAUCCAUCAUUACUUUCUACACACAAGGUAAUUCAUACAGGAAAUAAACCCUACAAGUGUGAAGUAUGUGGCAAAGCCUUCCAUUUUUCCUCACAACUUUCCAAGCAUAAGAAAAUUCAUGGGGCUGGAGACAUGGCUCAGUAGUUAAAUCAACUGUCUGCACUUUCAAUUGUGCUGUCCUGAGUUCAAUUCCCGGCAACUACAUGCUGGCUCACAACCAUGUAUGAUGGAAUCUGUUUCCCUAUUCUGGUAUGCAGGGGUACAUGCAGGUAGAGGACUCAUACACAUAAAAUAAAUAAGUUAUUUAAAAAAUUGAUGGUAUGUUGCCUGGUCCCUAAAAAAGAAGAAUAGAAGAGAGAAACCAACCCUACUAGUGGAAGCAUGUGGCAAGGACUUCCAAUGACCAGCACUAUUUUCUAACCCCAAGAGAAAUCAUAUGGGAGAGAAACCCUCCAAUUAGGAAGUAUGUAGCCUGGUCCUCUAUUGUCCAUAAUUACUUUCUGAACACAGGAGAAUACACACAGGUUAGAAACCCUACAAUUGUUAAGUGCAAGUCAACUCCUUUAGAAUUUGCCAGUUUUUUCUACUCAUUUUAUGUGGAAAAGCCUUUUCUACAAAUAUACACCAGUGUUUACACACAUUAACUCAUAGUGUGGUGAUAUUUACAAAUAAAAACAAUAUGUCCAAGUAUUCAACAAAAACUUUAGGGAUAAUCAAAAAUUCAUUUUGAAGGGAAGCAGAAAACCCAUUCUGACCAAGUCACAAGUCCCUUCCAGUCGGGCCCAGCACCGGGUCACCUUGGGCUCAAAGUCAGCGGGCACCCCUAAGGUCCCUAGAGGAUUCUCCAAGCGAUCUUAGGACCUCUGGUGAGUGGAACACACCUUCUGCCAGGAGGCAGGUCCAAACGCCAGAU